GAAAGAUGGCCGCUCCCGUUGGGGCAACGCUUCUUCUGUGAUACAAUGUACUUUUAGGUUUUUUUAGAAAAUUCCAACAGGAAAACAAACCGCGUUCAUUCAGCCGGACAGCUCCGCGGAGUGUGAGAGCAGCGGUGGCAGAGAUGAAGACCUUCUGUGGAAGAGCCAACCCGAGCACCGGAGCCUUAGACUGGGUGGAGGAGAGUGAGGAGUACGACUACCACCAGGAGAUAGCCAGGUCCUGUUAUGCUGAUAUGCUCCAUGAUCAUGACAGGAAUGAGAAGUACUACCAGGGGAUCCGGGCAGCUGUGGCCCGAGUGAAGGCUCGUGGCGAGAAGGUCGUUGUCCUGGACAUCGGGACAGGAACGGGGCUGCUGUCCAUGAUGGCCGUCACCGCCGGUGCCGACUUCUGCUAUGCUGUGGAGGUGUUUAAGCCCAUGGCUGAAGCAGCCCAGUGCAUCGUGGAGAAGAACGGCUUCUCUGAUAAGAUCAAGAUUAUUAACAAACACUCUACUGAUGUCACUGUGGGGCCAGAUGGAGAUAUGCAGAUGAAGGCCAACAUCCUGAUAACAGAACUGUUUGAUACAGAGCUGAUAGGUGAAGGAGCCCUGCCCAGCUAUGAACAUGCUCAUCAGAAUCUGGUCCAGGAGGCCUGUGAGGCGGUUCCUCACCGGGCCACCGUCUACGCUCAGCUGGUGGAGUCGGAGCUGCUGUGGAGCUGGGCUCAGCUGCAGCCGGUGGAGGUGGAGGGGGCCCGUCUGGUCCCGCCGCCGGCUGUGGGCCGCUGCGCCGGAGCUCAUUCGGUGUGCGACAUUCAGCUGAGCCAGGUGUCUCCGAGCAGCUUCACCCCUCUGGGUCCCCUCUGCAGCAUGUUCAGUGUGGAUUUCAGCAAACCAGUAAGCAGUGCCUUCAAGUCCCACUCCUCCCAGUUUGUGGCUCAGUCUGGCGGUCGAGCCCAGGUGGUCCUGUCCUGGUGGGACCUUGACAUGGAUCCCAGUGGAAGCAUUGUGUGCACCAUGGCUCCCAGCUGGACGUACCCACAGCCAAAGACGGCCCCGUGGAGGGACCACUGGAUGCAGAGCGUGUACUUCCUGCCUGUGGAGAGCGAGGUGACGGAGGGGGAGGAGCUCAGUCUGACUGUCUGCCACGAUGACUACAGUCUGUGGUACAGCCUGCGGUCUCACAGUCAGCAGGACUCGCAGACCGCGGCUCCUCCGUCUCGGCCGUGCUGUACCUGCCAGGCUCACCUGGUUUGGAAUAGGCCUCGUUUUGGUGAACUCAACGACAGACGGCGUACAGAGAGCUACGUCAGCGCGCUGCGCAGUGUUCUCAGAGAGGACAGCGUGUGUCUCUGCGUCAGCGAUGGAAGUCUGCUUCCUGUCUUCGCUCACAUGCUUGGAGCCAAGAAGGUUUUCCAUGUGGAAAACUCCAGAAUGUCCAAACAGGUUAUUGAGCAGGUGCUGGAGGCUAACUCGAUGAAGGGAGGUGUUGAGCUGCUGGAGACGAGGACUGAUCAGCUGACCAUUAACGACUUAGGAGGAGAGCAGAUCUCUGUGCUGAUGGGUGAACCGUACUUCAGCACCAGCCUCUUACCCUGGCACUCCCUGUUCUUCUGGUACUGUCGGACCGCCCUGGCCGGCCUCCUGCAGCCCAACGCCACCAUCCUGCCCUGCUCUGCCACACUUCACAUGGUGGCUGUGGAGCUCCAGGAUUUGUGGAGGAUAAGAGCUCCAUGUGGAACGUGUGAGGGCUUUGAUGUCACACCCAUGGAUGAAAUGGUCCAGCAAUCUCUGGAUUUCCGUGAGUCCCGUGAGGCCGAGCCACACCCCCUGUGGGAGUACCCGUGCCGCGCUCUGACCCGGCCCACAGCCGUCAUGACCUUUGACUUCACCCAGUGUGUCCCUCAGCAGCCAAUCAGCAGUCAGGGCACACUGCCUUUCAUGAGGAUUGGUCGUUGCCACGGUGUUGCCUUGUGGAUGGAAUACCACCUAACCAGUGACAUCACCGUCAGUGCGGGUCUGAUUGGACCAAUCAGUGAGCAGGGUGACUGUGAGUGGAGUCGCCACAGGAAGCAGGGAGUGUAUUUCUUCAGGUCGCCGUGGGAGAGCUCAGGUGACGGCAGAGCUUCAGUGUCUUACAGCUUCACCUUUGAACCCGGUUUAGGAGACAUUAAGAUGGAUUUCAGCAUCGAGUCUCAGUGACGCGGCACGCUCACUGACUGAAGAACGAACUCUUUUUACCUCACGUCACCGUUUGCAUUUUGGCUUUAUCAUCUGUGGUUCAGACAGCACUGAUAAUCUGACUGUUAUCAUCCCUAACUGACAGGAACGCAGUGUUUUGAAAAGCUUCAUCAUUUUAAUCUGAGUAUAAUUAUAAUUCAUAGAUGUAAGAAAAUGAUCCAUAUUAAGGCCUUCUUAUAAGUAACUGGUAUUUACCAAUUCUACAAUAAAGAAUUGUAUCCAUCACAGUGAUCUGUAUAAUCAGGGAUGCAGAAUAGUGUGUUUGUUAACAUAUUAGGAUCAUUACAGCCAAAAAAAAAGAUCAUCAGAGAUGACUGAGUUUUUUUACUAGGCCACUGGUCUACCAAGGCCAAAAGUGUUGUUAUAGAAGUGUUGAAUAAAGUUUUAUAUUGGU